AUGCAGCUGACGGCAGUUGUCGCCGCCUCAGCUUUGUUGCUCGUGGCUGCAGCCGACCUCGGUUCGGCCAAAUCAAUUAUGCAUCUCCCCAAUGCAAUUAGAAGGAGAAAUCACUUGGAGGAUAUGAGGAGAGAUGCUGGACGACUUCUCCGUCGAGAACCACAAGGAUCGAACUCGCUUCUUUCCGUGGCCGAACCAACCGCGGCAACGAACGAAACCAUUGCCACGGCUUGCACCAAUGCUUUGGAAGGACUCACCUCAGUCGAGAACGCUGCCGGCAUGGCGGCUUGCUACAAUAUCAUGCAAUACGAUCCCAAGCAGGGUGCCUUUGAGGCGGACCUCCGACUUUAUCAGAUGUUUGAUGCAACCGGAAAGUUUCAGGAUGUGGCUGUGAAUGAUAUCAUGAUCAGUGUGACAUAUCCGGCCAGCACCAUGUUUCAAUCAUUGACUAAGAGAAGGAAGAGAGAUGUGGUGGAACGACAAUCCAGUAUGGCUGAAGUUCAACAAUAUUCACUCCUUGGCACAUUCCAGAGCAAUUUGGAACUCAGCAAGCUCAAUGAAACUCAAAUCAUGUCAUUGAUGCUCCCUGAUGUUAAACUCAACGCCGUCGACGACUCGCAAGAACCCAUCACUGCAAACAUCACUGCAGCUGAUGGAGCUUGGUUUGUAGUGGGUGAAUUCCAAGGAGAAUUCAAGGACACUCUUGUGACAUCGACCGCGGCCGCUGCAGCCAUUAGUGCCGCUGUACCUUUCGUGUUGCCGGGAACCAGUUUGGGUAUCUUUCCCACAGGAUUGAUUGUUACCUGUGCCUGGACACUCUUGUUCUUUCUGGCGUAUGGCCUUGGCACACUGGGCCGCAUCAAGUAUAGGGAUGCUUAUAGAAAGAGAAAAGCUGCUCAGGCUGGGCGAACUGGCAAGAGGAUAUAA